AUGCAGCCGCGCGCUCCCGCCGAGCGCUCGACAGCCGCGGUCCUGCACGCGCACGUCCUCCACCUCCACCAAUGCGGCGGCGCCGGCAACCUCCUCCGCCGCGCGCACGCGGCCGCCCUGACAUCCGGCGCGCUCGCCGCGUCCCUGCCCCUCGCCGGCGCGCUCAUCCUCUCCUACGCCGCGGUCGCCGACCUGCCCUCCUCCCGCCGCCUCCUCCUCCACCACCCGCUCCGCCUCCGCUCCGCCUUCCUCUGGAACUCCCUCUCCCGCGCGCUCUCCUCGGCCUCCCUCCCCGCCGAGGCCCUGCGGGUCUACAACCUCAUGCUCCGCUCCGCCGUCAGCCCGGACGACCGCACCUUCCCCUUCGCCCUCCACGCCGCCGCGGCCGCCGCUGCCGCGCACGCGGCCAAGGGCCUCGAGCUCCACGCCGCCGCGAUCCGAACCGGCCACCUGUCCGACGUCUUCGCGGGCAACACGCUCGUCUCUUUCUACGCUGCCUGUGGCUCCGCCCGUGACGCGCGCAGGGCGUUCGAUGAAAUGCCCGCCCGGGACGUCGUCUCGUGGAACUCCCUCGUCUCUGCGUUCUUGGCCAACAGGAUGUUCGAUGACGCGAGGCGCGCAUUGGUCAGUAUGAUGGGGAGCGGGGUCCCUGUGAGCGUGGCAAGCUUGGUCUCGGUUCUGCCUGCCUGUGGCGUGGAGCAGGAGCAGGGGUUUGGGUUGGCUGUGCAUGGACUCGCGCUGAAGACUGGGCUGGUCACCGUGCUCAAUCUUGGAAAUGCAUUGGUUGAUAUGUACGGGAAAUUUUGUCAAGUGGAGGCAUCGAUGCAGGUGUUCGAUGUAAUGCCAGAGAGAAAUGAGGUUUCUUGGAAUUCUGCCAUAGGUUGUUUUCUUAAUUCAGGGCUUUAUGGAGAUGUGCUGGCCAUGUUUAGGGAAAUGUCAGAGCGUGGAGUUACGCCAGGGUCUAUCACAUUAUCAAGUUUGCUACCUGCUUUGGUUGAGCUUGGUUAUUUUGAUCUGGGGAGGGAGGUACAUGGGUAUAGUAUAAAGAGAGCAAUGGACUCUGAUAUUUUUGUUGCCAAUUCACUUGUGGAUAUGUAUGCCAAACUUGGAUCUCUGGACAAAGCCUGCACUGUCUUUGAAAAGAUUGAGGUACCCAAUGUGGUGUCAUGGAAUGCAAUGAUCGCUAAUCUUGUGCAAAAUGGAGCUGAGACUGAGGCAUUCCGUCUUGUUAUCAAGAUGCAAAAGGAUGGGGAACGGCCAAAUUCAAUAACUCUGGUGAAUGUACUUCCAGCUUGUUCAAGGAUGUCCUCUCUAAAGAUAGGGAAACAGAUCCAUGCAUGGUCGAUCCGUACAGGAUUAGUAUUUGACUUGUUCAUAUCGAAUGCUCUGAUCGAUAUGUACGCGAAGUGCGGGCAGCUGAGCUUGGCGCAAAAUAUUUUUGACUUGUCAGAGAAGGAUGAUGUGUCAUACAACGCGUUGCUUCUGGGUUAUUCUCAGAGUCCAUGGAGUUUUGAAUCUCUUAAUCUAUUUAAGGAGAUAAGGUCUGUGGGAAUCGAGUAUGAUGCUAUUUCUUUCAUGGGUGCUCUGACUGCAUGUACCAAUUUAUGUGCAUUUAAACAAGGGAAAGAAAUUCAUGGUGUUUUAGUAAGGAGAUUGCAAAGUAAUCAUCCCUUUCUGGCUAAUUCACUGCUAGGUUUGUAUACUAAAGGUGGAAUGCUUGAUACUGCAACAAAGAUCUUCAAUAGGAUUACAGAGAAGGAUGUUGCUUCAUGGAAUACCAUGAUCAUGGGAUAUGGAAUGCACGGCCAAAUUGAUGUUGCUUUCCAUUUGUUUGAUCUGAUGAAGGACGAUGGUGUUGACUAUGAUCAUGUCUCUUACAUUGCAGUGCUGUCGGCAUGCAGCCAUGGUGGGCUUGUUGAGAAAGGAAAACAGUACUUCAGUCAAAUGCGUGCCCAAAAUUUAGAGCCACAACAAAUGCAUUAUGCUUGUAUGGUUGAUCUUCUUGGGCGUACUGGACAACUGACUGAAUCUGUUGAACUAAUCCUAGACAUGCCUUUUCAUGCCAAUUCCGAUGUGUGGGGAGCACUGCUUGGGGCUUGCAGAAUACAUGGAAACCUUGAAGUAGCACAAUAUGCAGCAGAACAUUUGUUUGAGUUGAAGCCAGAGCAUUCGGGUUACUACACACUGCUGAUAAACAUGUAUGCUGAGGCUGCUAGGUGGAAUGAAGCAAACAAGAUCAGGAAAUUAAUGAAAUCCAGGAAGGUACAGAAAAACCCAGCCUAUAGCUGGGUACAGAGUGGCGACAAGCUACAAGCUUUUCUUGUGGGGGACGGUUAGCUCCGCUGCGAUAAGUUUAAAUUGACUGGCAAUGUAACAGAUGGUGCACAGAUGGAGUCUUCCACUACGAAUGAAAUGUAUAUAGCACUAUAAUAUUGCUUGUUCAACAAAUCUGAUAAGUGUUGUCGCUGUAAUAGUGAAGGAAUGCGAUGAGGAGUGCACUGACUUUUAGAA